GUUGAUAAGACAGACCAACAGUUAGUGGCAAAUGAAGCCAGGCUGUGCAGCAGGGUCUCCAGGGAAUGAAUGGAUUUUCUUCAGAGCCGAUGAAAGACACAUACGCUAUAGGAAAACAAUGUCCAACGGUGCGCUGCAAAGAUCUGUCAUCCUGUCAGCAUUUAUUCUGCUACAAGCUGUUACUGGCCUCUCUGGAGACGGAAGAGCUAUAUGGUCUAAAAAUCCUAAUUUUAGUCCUGUAAAUGCAAGUCAGCUGUUUCUCUAUGACACUUUCCCUAAAAACUUUUUUUGGGGUGUUGGGACUGGAGCAUUUCAAGUGGAAGGGAGUUGGAAGAAGGAUGGAAAAGGACCCUCUGUAUGGGAUCAUUUCAUCCAUACACACCUUAAAAAUGUCAACAGCACGAAUGGUUCCAGUGACAGUUACAUUUUUCUGGAAAAAGACUUAUCGGCUCUGGAUUUUAUAGGAGUUUCUUUUUAUCAGUUUUCAAUUUCCUGGCCGAGGCUUUUCCCCGAUGGAAUAGCAGCAGUUGCCAACGCAAAAGGUCUGCAAUAUUAUAAUACUCUUCUGGACGCUCUAGUACUUAGAAACAUUAAACCUGUAGUGACUUUGUACCAUUGGGAUUUGCCUUUGGCGUUGCAAGAAAAAUAUGGGGGAUGGAAGAAUGAAUCUAUGGUUGAUAUCUUCAAUGACUAUGCCACAUACUGUUUCCAGACGUUUGGGGACCGUGUCAAAUACUGGAUUACAAUUCACAACCCAUAUCUAGUUGCUUGGCAUGGAUAUAACACAGGUCUGCAUGCUCCUGGAGAGAAGGGAAAUUUAGCAGCUGUCUACACAGUGGGACACAACCUGAUCAAGGCUCAUUCAAAAGUUUGGCAUAACUACAACAGAAAUUUCCGCCCACAUCAGAAAGGCUAUGUUUCGAUCACAUUGGGAUCCCAUUGGAUUGAGCCAAACAGGUCAGAAAACACAAUGGAUGUGAGCAUGUGCCAAGAAUCCAUGGUUUCUGUGCUCGGAUGGUUUGCCACCCCUAUUCAUGGGAAUGGCGACUAUCCAGAUACCAUGAAGAAGUCGCUCUCCAUUCUACCCCUUUUCUCAGAAGCAGAGAAGGAGGAGGUAAGGGGCACGGCUGACUUCUUUGCCUUUUCCUUUGGACCCAAUAAUUUCAAGCCCCCAAACACCAUAGAUAAAAUGGGGCAAAAUUUGUCACUCAAUUUAAGAAAAGUGCUGAACUGGAUUAAACUGGAAUAUGGAAACCCCCGAAUCUUGAUUACGGAGAACGGUUGGUUCACGGACAGUUAUGUGAAGACAGAAGACACCACAGCCAUCUACAUGAUGAAGAAAUUCCUCAACCAGGUUCUUCAAGCAAUAAGGAUUGAUGAUAUUCAAGUGUUUGGUUAUACUGCCUGGUCUCUCUUGGAUGGUUUUGAGUGGCAUGAUGCUUAUAACACCCGGCGAGGAUUAUUUUAUGUGGAUUUUAAUAGUAAACAGAAAGAAAGAAAACCCAAGUCCUCAGCACAUUACUAUAAACAGAUCAUACAAGAAAAUGGUUUUAUUUUGAAAGAGUCCACGCCAGAUAUGCAGGGUCAGUUUCCCUGUGACUUCUCCUGGGGUAUCACUGAAUCUGUUCUUAAGCCCGAGUCGAUGGCUUCCUCCCCACAGUUUACUGACCCUCACCUGUACUUGUGGAAUGCCACUGGCAACAGACUGUUGCACCGAGUGGAAGGAGUAAAGCUGAAAACGCGGCCCGCUCAAUGCACAGAUUUUGUCAGCAUCAAAAAACAACUUGAGAUGUUGACCAGAAUGAAAGUCACCCACUACCGGUUUGCUCUGGACUGGGCCUCAGUCCUUCCCACUGGCAACCUGUCUGAGGUCAACCAACAAGUUCUGAGGUACUACAGGUGUGUGAUCAGCGAGGGGCUGAAGCUCAACAUCUCCCCAAUGGUCACGUUGUAUCACCCCACCCACUCCCAUCUAGGCCUCCCCACGCCCCUAUUACACAGCGGGGGCUGGCUGAACCCGUCGACAGCCACGGCCUUCCAGGACUACGCAGGGCUGUGCUUCCAGGAGCUGGGAGACUUGGUGAAGCUCUGGAUCACCAUCAACGAGCCUAACCGGCUGAGUGACAUCUACAACCGCACUAGUAACGACACCUACAGGGCAGCCCACAAUCUGCUGAUCGCACAUGCCCUGGUCUGGCACCUCUAUGACCAGCAGUACAGGCUGUCCCAGCGUGGCACGGUGUCGCUGUCCUUGCAUUCCGACUGGGCGGAACCAGCCAACCCCUAUGUCGACUCUCACUGGAAGGCAGCGGAGCGCUUCCUCCAGUUCGAGAUUGCCUGGUUCGCAGAUCCUCUGUUCAAGACCGGGGACUACCCCACCGCGAUGAGGGAGUACAUAGCCUCCAAGAAUCGGCAAGGGCUCUCCAGCUCUGCGCUUCCUCACUUCACCGAGGACGAGCGCAGGCUGGUCAAGGGCGCCGCCGACUUCUAUGCCUUAAACCACUUCACCACUAGAUACGUGAUGCACGAGCAGCAGAACGGCAGCCGCUACGACUCGGACAGGGACGUGCAGUUCCUGCAAGACAUCACCUGCCUGAGCUCCCCGACUCGCCUGGCGGUGCUGCCCUGGGGAGAGCGCAAGCUGCUCAGGUGGAUCCGGAAGAACUACGGAGACGUAGAUAUCUACAUCACUGCUAAUGGCAUCGACGACCAGUCUUUGGAAAAUGAUCAACUCCGAAAGUACUACUUGGAGAAGUACGUUCAGGAGGCUCUGAAAGCAUACCUUAUUGAUAAAGUCAAAAUCAAAGGCUAUUAUGCAUUCAAACUUACUGAAGAAAAAUCUAAACCUAGAUUCGGAUUCUUCACAUCUGAUUUCAGAGCUAAAUCCUCCAUACAAUUUUACAAUCACCUGAUCAGCAGCAGUGGCUUCCCUUUAGAGAACAGUAGUCCUAGGUGUAAUCAGACUCAAGAAAAAGCAGAGUGCAUUGCCUGCUCAUUUCUCCUGCAGAAGAAACCACUGAUAUUCUUUGGUUGUUGCUUCUUCUCCACCCUGGUUCUACUAUUAUCAAUCACUAUUUUACAUCAGCGAAAGAGAAGACAAUUUUGGAAAGCAAAGAGCUUACAAAACAUACCAUUAAAGCAAGGCCACAAGAGAGUCCUUAGCUAAAGUGAUCUGUCUUCACAGCUUAAAAAAUUCACUCCAGUUCUAUAUACUGGGAACUUACAGUAUUCCUGCAUAGUGUAAGAAAGAAGACAGUUUGAGAUACAGCAGUAAUCAAGGUGAUGACAAUCGAUGUCUCUGCAGUGAGGUUUAAAUGAGCUUUCCCUUAGGUGUUGACAUCAACAAAUUCAGUUCUUGGAGCUGAAGAAUAAGACUUCAAUGACUGUAAACUAUGAGGAUUACCUGUUAAAUUGCUUCAGGAAGCAUUUCCAUCAUUAUUCUCUAGCUUCUCUAAAUAUCAAUAUCUUCUCAUGGUUAAAAGAAUUAUUUUUAAAAAGUGAAAGUUUGUCAGACUCCAUAGCAGAGAUUUAAAACUAUUCUUUAAACUGGAUAGUUGGUGACAUUCUGUCACUUCUAACAAGGUGCUUUGUCCUUUAAGUCAGGGUGGUUCUCAAAUGAAAAGUAAAUCUCAACAAGGUAAGCAGUGCUUGUCUAUAGCCAGUUAUGGCAGACUCUGAAGUGCAUCAAUCUGUUUUCUCAAAAAACCUGUCAAGUAUUUAAAAAACAUCUAAAUUUGUGAGACAGGUUUUUCUCAAAAACAUUAUCAAGCAUUUCUAAAACAUCUAAAUUUGUGAGCUCUCUUAUUAGAUUUGUGAAUUUUAGAAAAAUUCAACUUCCAUAACUGAUAUCAUGGCAAGAUCACAGGAUAAAGAUUAAAAGCUGGACCCAACUGUCUGUGAAGACAGGAAGUCACUCAACCUGACUAGUACAGAAAUUUCACCUUUAAAUAAAUUGAGCAUUUCUUCUCCCCAAUUUUCAUGAAGUGAUAAACAAGAUUUGGUAGACUUAGUAAAGCUAAAAAGAUGUAAAUUUUACUUAUUGGUUAUCAAUAGCAAAGUACCAUAUUAUUAUUCCAUAAGACCCGCUCUUCCCCCUAAAGAGUUUCACUGCUUUUUACAUGCAUACAGCAAAGUACAAAGUGUGGCCCUUUCUGGACCUAGCAAUGUGACUCUGGAUGAGUUGAGUAUUACUAGUCUAAAUGUGUUAAAAUUAUUUUGUUUUAUUUACCACUUUGUAAGGCUAGAAUUAAGUAAAUUCUUAAAUCUGAACUGAGUAUUUUUUUUAAUGAACCUGAAUGUACACCAAUUUAUGCUUAUAAUUUUUUAGAUUAGGAAAUUAUCCUAAAUUAAAGGUAGUUUUCAUUGUAUCCAGAAUUCAUUAUCAACCCAUCAACCUCUUUUAACAUCAAGGUAUUGAAAAAAUGCGUGGUCAGAAGUCAAAUAUACACAAUUGGAAUUCUAACUGAUCAUGAAGAGCAAUUUAUUUCAAAGAUGGUGUAAAGAGAAAAUUGAUCAUGCAAAUGCUGAAGGAAUAGGCAAUAAAUUUGCUAUGUGGCUGGUCAAAUACAAAUGGUAAAA